GAAGUGUAUAAAGAGCAGAGGAAUUCCCAACUAAAAUAACAUCAAUCACAUCAUCAAUCACAUCAUCAAUCACUUCUAUCACAUCAACAAGUCCUUCAAACAAACAACAUUCACCCGCUACUUCAAGCCUUCAAACUUCCAACACUUCAUUCAAAAUGCACGCCUCAUUCUCCGCCGUCGUCACCACACUCCUCGCUGUCAGCGUUGCUGCUCUCCCAAACAACAAUGGUGGUAGCCCAACCCACACCUGGGGCAGCACCUCCCCAACUGGAGUCCCAGCUUGUUCCGGCAGCAAAUACACUUGUGAAUCCAACGGACUCCUCACUCUCCUCACUUGUACCAAUAUCUUGAACGGUGUUGGCAUUAGCAUUCCAAUCACUCUUAAGAACCGUGCUCUUGAGGAACGUGGAAUUGAGGCUCGUACAAGCAAAGACGAUGGAGAUUACUGCUGUACUUCCGCCGGAUUACUCACCCUCAGCUGUCUCAAUGUUGCAAACGGUCUUGUUAUCUUCUUGCCAAUCACUCUAUAAGGGAGGGGCUUAGGCUUUGAUGAGUGGGAGAGAUGAAUGUGGCGCCAAUAUGAGAUGAGGAUUGGGAGAGGACUUGUUUUGUGAGAAUGAGUGGGGAGGUAACAUGGUUUCUGAAGCAGUUGUUUUUGUUUAUGUUCGCGUAUACGAUGAUGAAUUUGAGGAGAUGACGAGAGUUUAGUGAAGUUGGCGAGGUUUUGCGUAACAUUCAUUCAAAUGCAAACUUAUGAUCUAUAUCUGCCUGUGCA